GACACUCGUAGAGAAAAUAAUAUCUAAGAGAGAGAGAGAAAGGAGGAAAAGGAGGCGUGCACGUGAUCCGCGGAGGAGGCGUACUGAAAGGGUUUUGGCGGAGGAUGAAGAGCAAUAAAACAAAAGCUAGAAAAUAGAAAUAAAUGGGACUGGAUUUGGGUUUCGCUUUUUAGUUUUGGUUUCAAAAAUUAUCAUUUUUUUAUUGGACAAGCAAUCAUUAUGAGCACAUGAAAUAGCAAGGGAGGUACUCUCAUCGAACGGAAAAUAAUUUCUGCCUUCCCAAACACAAACCCAACCCAUCGCAUCCCCCCCUCUCUCUCUCUCUCUCUCUCUCUCUCUCUCUCUCUCUCUCUCUCUCUCUCUCUCUCUCUCAUAUAUAUAUAUAUAUAUAUAUUCAUAUAACACACAUACAAAGAGAGAGAGAGAACCAAAUCUACCCAGUUCAAUUUACUUCUCUCUAAAUCUGUUCUGAGGUUUUGUGUUGACACAGAAACAGGAACAGAGGAGGAGGGGAGAUCCAUCGAUCGGUCGAUCGAGCUCUCACGUCCGUUCAAAUCCUUGUUAUUUAAUUAUUUAGUUGUUUAAAAAUUGAUGCUGGGAAAGAAGGGGACGGAGAAGGAGAGGGAGAGGGAGAAGGAGAAAGAGAAGAAGAAGAGGCAGAAGAAGGAGAAGGGAAUGCAACUGGGGAAAUACGAGCUGGGCGGGACCCUGGGCGAAGGCAACUUUGGAAAGGUCAAAUACGCUGAGGACAUCGAAUCCGGCAAGCCCUUUGCCGUCAAAAUCUUGGAAAAAACCAGAAUCCUUCAACUCAACAUCUCCGAUCAGAUAAAGAGGGAGAUUGGAACCUUGAAGCUCCUCAGACAUCCCAACGUCGUCAGAUUACACGAGGUUUUAGCAAGCAAAACCAAGAUUUACAUGGUUCUGGAGUAUGUGACUGGUGGUGAAUUGUUUGAUAGAAUUGCAUCCCAAGGGAAACUCUCAGAAGCCAAAGGUAGGAAGCUUUUUCAACAGCUGAUCGACGGUGUGAGUUACUGUCACAAUAAAGGUGUUUCCCACAGGGAUUUAAAGCUGGAGAAUGUUCUUGUUGAUGAAAAAGGAAACAUCAAGAUAUCGGAUUUUGGCCUCAGUGCUUUGCCUCAGCAUUUUAGGGAUGAUGGGUUACUGCAUACAACCUGUGGAAGUCCCAACUAUGUAGCACCUGAAAUUCUCGCAAAUAGAGGGUAUGAUGGUGCCGCCUCCGACAUAUGGUCAUGUGGGGUUAUUUUGUAUGUAAUUCUUACUGGAUAUCUCCCUUUUGAUGAUAGAAAUCUUGCUGUCCUCUAUCAGAAGAUUUUUAAGGGGGACGUGCAGAUACCCAAAUGGCUAUCACCAGGUGCUCAAAACAUGAUAAGGAGGAUUCUUGAUCCCAACCCUGUUACCCGGCUAACCAUGGAAGGGAUCCAAGCAGAUGAAUGGUUUAGGCAGGACUAUAUUCCAACCAAUCCUGAUGAUGAAGAAGAAGAUAUUUAUAUUGAUGAUGAAGCGUUCUCAAUACAUGAGGUGCCCUCUGAAAAUGAGAAGAAUCCAGAUUCACCCCCCACCAUCAAUGCCUUUCAGCUGAUUGGAAUGUCCUCUUGCCUAGAUCUCUCUGGCUUCUUUGAGAAAGAGGAUGUCUCAGAGAGGAAGAUCAGAUUUACAUCUAAUUAUUCUCCAAAAGAACUACUUGAGAAAAUAGAGGAUACUGUAGCCCAGAUGGGAUUUCGAGUCCAAAAGAAAAACGGAAAGCUUAAAGUGACGCAAGAGCACAAGAGCCAGAGGAACACGGGUUGUCUUUCAGUUGCAGCAGAAGUUUUUGAGAUAAGCCCGUCCUUGUACGUAGUUGAAUUAAGAAAAUCGUUUGGAGAUUCAUCAUUGUAUAGACAGUUGUGUAAAAAGCUUUCAAAUGAUCUGGGUGUAUCUACGAGCCCAGCAAUGUUGGCCACAGGACCGUGAGGGGAGGUUUCUGUGUUGAACAUAGAAAAUGAACAGAGAAUUGAUGUAAUCCGAAUUUAUGUAAAUAUGUUCUUUGUUGACAUUGAAUUAGAUAUAUGAUAGUAUGGUCGCAAUGAACUUGUAGCCUGCUGGCUAUCUUUUUGUUGUUGCA